AUGAAUUAUUCAAGUGAAGAAGGUGAUGAUGGAUAUGAUCAAGGAAAAAGACGUUCUUAUGAAUGCACAUUUUGCAAAAGAGGAUUCACAAAUGCACAAGCUUUAGGUGGUCACAUGAAUAUUCAUAGGAAAGAUAGAGCUAAGGCUAGUAAGCAACCAAAUUCUUCUUCAUCACAAAUUGGAACUAAAUUCUACACCAAUGAUGAAACUAUGGUCUUUCCUUUUGCUUCAGAACAAAAUUCCUUUAUUGGAAAUUACCAACCUUCAAAUAUGCAUGGUUAUUCAUAUGAACAACCAAGAUCAUAUGAAUAUCCGACAGCACCAAAUUACCAUGUUGGAAAUUACCAAACUUCAAAUGUGCAUGGUUUUUCUUAUGAUCAGCAAGGAUCGUCGAAUUGGCCUAAUUUCCAUCUGAACCAAGAGCUUCAAGGACCUGACUUGAGUCUUCAAAUCGGCUCAACUCAACAUUAUGUUGAUGAUACUCAUCAUCAAAGAAUUAGGAGAGGAAAUGAUCAGGAGGAUAUUGAAGUGGACUUGGAGCUAAGGCUUGGGCAGGAUUCAAGAUUUAUAUCAUAG